CGCACAUCCACCUUCCCCCCGUUUUAUAACAAAACGCGGAAAAGAUGGCCGCUGUCUCCGCCGCCUCCAUGGCCGCGCUCAACACCUCCUUCGCCGGCAAGAAGAUCGCCGCCGCGAAGAAGGUCUCCGCUCGCGUGACGACCCGCGCUCUGAAGCCGGUCCGCGCGGCGGUCGCCGCGCCCGCGGACGUCUCCACCGAGACCGUCAACGACUGCGUGAACACGAUCCGUUUCCUCGCGAUCGACGCGAUUAACAAGUCCAACUCCGGUCACCCCGGUCUUCCCAUGGGCUGCGCGCCGAUGGGCUACGUGAUUUACCGCGAGGCGAUGACGCACAACCCCAAGGACCACACCUGGUUCAACCGCGACCGCUUCGUGCUCUCCGCGGGCCACGGCUGCAUGCUCCAGUACUCGCUCAUGCACCUCACCGGGUACCCGUCCGUGUCGAACGACGACCUCAAGAACUUCCGCCAAUGGGAUUCCGUGACCCCCGGUCACCCCGAGAACUUCAUCACGAACGGCAUCGAGGUCACGACCGGCCCGCUCGGCAUGGGCAUCUGCAACGCCGUCGGCCUCGCCGCGGCGGAGAAGCACCUCGCGGCGCGCUUCAACAAGCCGGACUGCACCGUCGUGGACCACUACACGUACGCCAUCAUGGGCGACGGCUGCAACAUGGAGGGCAUGUCCGGCGAGGGCGCGUCCCUCGCCGCGCACUGGGAGCUCGGCAAGCUCAUCGCGUUCUACGACGACAACCACAUCUCCAUCGACGGCCACACCGACAUCUCCUUCACGGAGGACGUCUGCAAGCGCUACGAGGCGUACGGCUGGCACGUGCAGCACGUCGAGGACGGUAACACCGACCUCGACGCCAUCCGCAAGGCGAUCGACGCGGCGAAGAAGGACCCCCGCCCGUCCCUCAUCAAGGUGACGACGCUCAUCGGCUACGGCUCCCCGAACAAGUCCAACUCGCACGACGUCCACGGCGCGCCCCUCGGCGCGGACGAGACCAAGGCGACGCGCGAGAACCUCGACUGGAAGUACGGCGAGUUCGAGGUCCCGGAGGCGGUCCAGUCUUACAUGGACUGCUCCACGAAGGGCGCGGAAGCGCAGGCUGCGUGGGAGAAGACGUACGCGGAGUACAAGAAGAAGUACCCGGAGGACCACGCCGAGCUCGACUCCAUCAUCACCGGCAAGCUUCCGGAGGGCUGGGCGGACGCGCUCCCGAGCUUCACCCCCGAGGACGCGGGCGUCGCGACGCGCAUCCACUCCCAGACGAUGCUCAACGCGCUCGGCUCCGCCAUCCCCGGCUUCGUCGGCGGCUCCGCCGAUCUCGCGCCGUCCAACAUGACGCUCAUGAAGCAAUUCGGCGACUUCCAGAAGGACACCGCGGCGGAGCGUAACAUCCGUUACGGCGUCCGCGAGCACGGCAUGGGCGCCAUCGCCAACGCCAUCGCGCUUCACUCCCCCGGCUUCAAGUCCUACUGCGCCACCUUCUUCAUCUUCUCCGAUUACAUGCGCAGCGCGAUGCGCAUCGCCGCCCUCUCCGGCGCGCCGACGCUCUUCGUCAUGACGCACGACUCCAUCGGCGUCGGCGAGGACGGCCCCACGCACCAGCCGAUCGAGCACCUCGCGUCUUUCCGCGCGAUGCCCGGCAUGCUCAUGAUGCGCCCCGCGGACGGUAACGAGACCGCGGGCGCGUACAAGAUUGGCGUCGAGCAGACGGACCGCCCGACGACUUUCGCGCUCUCGCGCCAGGUCGUCCCCAACCUUCCGGGCACCUCCAAGGAGGGCGUCGCGAUGGGCGCGUACGUCGUCCAGGGCCCCGCCGCGGGCGAGGACUGCGACUGCGUCCUCAUCGGUACCGGCACCGAGCUCGAGCUGGCGUGCAAGGCGGGCGCGGAGCUCGGGGACAAGGCGCGCGUCGUGUCCAUGCCGUGCUGGGAGCUCUUCGAGGAGCAAUCCGACGAGUACAAGGAGAGCAUCUUCCCCAAGGACUGCAAGGCGAUCGUCUCCAUCGAGGCUGGCUCCACGUUCGGCUGGUCCAAGUACGCGCACAAGUCCAUCGGCCGCGAUGACUUCGGCGCGUCCGCGCCGGCGGGCAUCCUCUACAAGGAGUUCGGCAUCACCACGGAAGCGAUGGUGGCCGCCGCGAAGUCUCUCAUGUAAAUUCUUGCAGCGUAGCGUUUCGCGCACGGCAUUGCAAUUUUUUAACACGGUAGCUUUGCGCGGUUGAGAUUCCUUUUUAAUACAUACCACCAACCAGCGAUUGGUUUUUACAGU